GCUGAGAAAGACUCUUUACAACACUGAAACCUACAUAACCUAGAGCUUUUCUAUUCAUUACCGCAACUGAACUUUCAUAGGAACAUGGGAAUUUGGGAAUAUACUCUUUAUUUUACCACUACAACCUGCCUAUGGAGCGCGUCACUUCAGGGAGAGCAUCAGAGGAGACUCUACAGAGACUUGAUGAAAGACUAUAACCCGCUGGAGAGACCUGUGUUCAAUGACACACACUCACUCACUGUGUAUUUCAGCUUCAGUCUCAUGCAGAUUAUGGAUGUGGAUGAGAAGAAUCAAGUACUCACAACCAACAUUUGGUUGCAGCUGUACUGGUAUGACUACUAUCUUCAGUGGAACAUGUCUGAAUAUCCCGGAGUGACGAAUGUAAGAUUUCCUGACAGUCAGAUCUGGAAGCCUGACAUCUUACUGUAUAACAGUGCAGAUGAAAGGUUUGAUGCCACAUUUCAUACUAAUGUGCUGGUGAAUUCCUCUGGUGCCUGCCAAUACCUACCGCCAGGGAUAUUCAAAAGCACCUGCUAUAUCGAUGUUCGCUGGUUCCCCUUUGAUCUUCAGAGGUGUGAUUUGAAGUUUGGCUCCUGGACAUAUGGGGGAUGGUCUCUGGACCUGCAGAUGAUUGAUGCUGACAUCACAGGAUAUAUUGCAAAUGGAGAGUGGGACCUUGUGGAGGUUCCAGGUCGAAGGAAUGAAAGAUUCUAUGACUGCUGCAAGGAGCCAUACCCGGAUGUGACUUUCACGGUGGUCAUGCGGAGACGAACGCUAUACUACGGUCUAAAUCUGCUUAUCCCCUGUGUGCUCAUCUCUACUCUAGCCCUGCUGGUCUUCCUGCUGCCUGCUGACUCAGGCGAGAAGAUCUCUCUUGGCAUCACGGUCCUCCUCUCUCUGACAGUGUUCAUGCUUCUGGUAGCAGAGAUAAUGCCCGCAACAUCGGACUCUGUGCCUUUAAUAGCUCAGUAUUUUGCCACCACCAUGGUUAUUGUUGGCCUGUCUGUGAUAGCCACCGUCUGGGUUUUACAAUACCACUACCAUGACCCCGAUGGAGGAAAAAUGCCAAAAUGGACCCGUGUGGUGCUGCUGAACUGGUGCGCGUGGUUCCUGCGGAUGAAGAGGCCUGGCGAGGACAGAGUUCGCUCAGCUUGUCACAAUAAGCAGCCGCGCGGCAGCCUCUCCAGCGUGGAUCUGAACAUCAGCGCCGGAGCAGCGCAGUCCACCAACGGAAACCUGCUGUACAUCGGCUUCCGCGGGAUGGACGCCAUUCACUACGCCACUUCCCCCGAUUCAGGGGUGAUCUGCAGCCGGCUCGUCACCAGCGGUGAGGAGGACGUGCUGCUCCCCGGGGCUCAGGCGUCUUCUGUUAGCAGCGGCCCUGGAGAAAGCGAACUGUCCAAAAUCUUGGACGAGGUUCGCUACAUCGCCAAACGCUUUCAGAACCAAGACGAGGAGGAGAGUAUGUGCAAUGAAUGGAAGUUUGCGGCAUCUGUCAUUGACCGUCUUUGUCUCAUGGCCUUUUCUCUGUUCACCAUCCUCUGCACCAUUGGUAUCUUAAUGUCUGCCCCUAAUUUUGUAGAGGCCAUUUCCAAAGAUUUCUUUACCUGAGGCCUCCGUGUAAUUAUUUGUACUCCUCAGAGCCUCUUAAGGGUGAUGAUAUAUUUCUUAAUAAAACUCAAAUUUGAUUCGAACGAAUAGUUAAUUCAAAAACUCUCAUUAAUUGUAUGGAAAAGAGCAGAGUGUGCAUUUUGCGUAAGCUCUUCUUUAAAGAAAUGAAAUAUAGAGAUACGAGGAUGAGUAAAUGAUUUAAAAAUGAUGAACCAUUCCUUCAUUUACAUAUGUCUGUGCGUUAGCGUCUGCAUAAAGUAUCAACUGAAGUGUGCACCAGAGACUGUAGCCUCAUAUGCGCUUCAUAAAAGCUUAUAAUUUAUUGUUUGGUUUUCAUAAAUGUAGCCGUUUCCAUCAUGCAUCUAGGAAUUUCUGUGUUGUUUUAUGUGCAGUUAUGCUUUGUCUACACUGCUGUUACUGCUGUUCGUUGUAUAACUAACUAUUUCUAACCUUUUCCCCCCCAAAAAUAUUGUACAGUAUAAUGACAAAUAAACAUAUUUUUGUAGG